CUCUCUCUCUCUCAAAUUUCCAAAAAACCUCAAAUAAAGCCAGAUCUUCUUCUUCUUCCUUGGAAAUAACAAGAAGAGAAAAUACUAUUGUCAAGAAACAAAUGCAGCUGAACCCUAGUUCUCAAAUCUCAUGGGUUUCAUCACAACUCCGAUUACUCUCUUCCUAAUCCUAAUCCUAAUCCUCUUUCUCGUUGUCGUUUCUUCCUCAACGACAACCAAACCGAAGACAACAAAGACACCGAAGACUCUUCCUCUUCCUCCUUCUUCACCGUCCUCGUCAACACACGACGUAGUACUCAAGCCCAGGCCCCCCGCCGCGGCGGGCGGAGGACGCCACGUGGCGGCGGAGGCGGCGGCUAGUUACCAAGUGUUCCACAUCAAGAACACGACGCCGUUUUACAACAUGGACAAGCCCAGCAGUGCUCCUUCGACGACCAUGAAUAAUAUCAAUAGAAAGAAGAAAAGGAAGAAGAAGAAAACGACAAUGGUGAUGAUGACGACGAGGAAAAAGAAGAUCAAGAACUUGGAAACGACGAGUCGCUCGUUCUCUGUGAUGCUGCCAAAGGGUUUCGUCCCUCCCUCCGGUUCGUCCCCUUGCCAUAACGAGAACCCUAACUCGGUCGUCUUUUUCUGUGAUCUCGUCACCUCUUCCAAACCCUAGCUGAGUACAACAAUGGCCUUCUUUUUUUGUUUUUUUUUUCAGAGAGUUAGGGAUCCAUAUCGUUUUACAAGUCAUUAUUAUUAUUUUACAAUCUUGUAAUACAUCUACUAGUAUAGUACUUGUAAUAAAGUGUCAAACAUAUAUAGUAGGGUAUAUAUACCAAAAUUAUUAAAGAAAUAAAAUUGAAAUUAAUU